UGUUGUCGUCGCUUUACAUAAGCUUUGUGCGCCUUACGCUCGCGUUGUCAACAUUUUGUUAUUAUUUUUGUUUUUUACGCAUUUCGUUGCGUUGCGUCGCGUCGCGUAGCGUGAAAGUCUGGCAACAAAUGCAUAAAUCGCACAGUGUCUCCUGAGGAAGGCGCGCGCGCCUCUUUUUCGUGUGCAUUUUUCUCGAUGACGCAUCAAUGCGCUUUGAGCCAAGUUUUGUGUAUUGACAGUGGCAGUGACAAUAACAUUGACAAGCGCACUCACACACAAAGUCAAUGUCCUUUUUCGCGAAACAACGCCCCAACUCUUUACGUUGUGGUUGUUUGCCAACUUUUGGAUUGGCCGCACUUUUUGAAUAACUUUGUCGCCAUUAUUUUUGCGUCGCGCGUUCGCUUUGGAAAAUGUAUAUAGAGAGAAAAGAUUCGCAUAUUUUGUCGAAAGUGCUCGCCAAAGAAAAGCCAAACACAUUCAAACGAGAGAAAAUACAAAACCCAUAGAAAAGCGUCGCCAAUAUUGAGCAAUGCGAUUAUUAUACUAGCUGCUCUCAUGUCUAAGCCAUAUCACUAAACUCCAACAACUACAACAAAAAGAGCAACUAUAAGACUAACAAAAAACGUCGAGAACAUCAAUAACAAUAGCUUAGCAUGGCACUGACAAUGAAUAUGGUCUUUUUAAAGGAUUUACGUUCACGUCUCAAAGGAUAUCUACACGGCGAAUACAUAAAGCAUCCCGUUCUGUACGAGCUUAGUCAUAAGUAUGGCUUCACAGAGAAUCUGCCCGAGAGCUGUAUGUCCAUACGGCUGGAGGAGAUCAAAGAGGCCAUCAGACGCGAGAUACGCAAGGAGCUGAAGAUCAAGGAGGGCGCCGAGAAGCUGCGCGAAGUCGCCAAGGAUCGUCGCUCGCUCAGCGAUGUCGCCGUGCUCGUGAAGAAGAGCAAAAGCAAAUUGGCCGAACUAAAGUCCGAGCUGCAGGAGCUCGAAAGUCAAAUACUGCUAACCUCUGCCAACACGGCGGUCAAUAGCAAUGGUCAAGAAGCAAUCGCAUUUAGUGGCAUUGAUGGCAGCGGUGCUGCACAGUUUGGCGGUUUGGGUGGCAACAAUGCGAUGGCCGCAGGUGCAGGCGGUGCACCGGCAACGCCCAAUGACAAAGUGCUGGCCUCGCUGGAGAAGCAGCUGCAGAUCGAGAUGAAGGUGAAAACGGGCGCCGAGAAUAUGAUUCAAUCGCUGGGCAUCGGAUGCGACAAGAAGCUGCUGGCGGAGGCGCAUCAAAUGCUCGACGAUUCAAAGGCCAAGAUUGAGUUUCUACGCUUGCGCAUCAUCAAAGUCAAACAGAAUCGCGAGCAGGCCGAUCGCAUGAAAGCCGCGCGCCAGCAAAACGAAGAGCAUGGCGGCGGCGGAAUUCUUGGCACUGGCAGCGGAUUAACGCAACUGCAGAGCCUGGAGACGACGCUGGAGGAGCGCAUCGAGGAGCUGCGUCAUCGUUUGCGCAUCGAGGCCGCCGUCGUCGAUGGAGCCAAGAAUGUCAUACGCACGUUGCAGACGGCGAAUCGUGCGCCAGACAAGAAGGCAUUGCAAGAGGCACAUGGCCGUCUGUCGGAGUCGUCGCGUAAACUUGAUCUCUUGCGGUACUCCCUGGAGCUGCGACGCCAGGAGUUGCCCAGCGACUCGCCCACCGCUCAGCUGCUCAAGCAGGAGCUGCAGAUUGUCCAGCAAUCAACGUCGCCGGCGCCCGUGCAUUACACAUCGCUGCAAUCGGGUCCCGGGGGAUUGUUGGGCGGCAAGUCGUAUCAAUCAGUAUCGUCGUUGGGCCGUUGUGCCAGCGUCACGGGCAAGCUGGAGGUGCGUCUGAUGGGCUGUCAGGAUCUGUUGGAGGAUGUGCCCGGACGUUCGCGACGCGACAAGGACAACAACUCGAGUCCGGGGGAUCUGCGCAGCUUUGUCAAGGGCGUCACAUCGCGCAGCAGCUCCAAGAGCUAUUCGGUGAAGGACGAGACCUCGUUCGAGAUCAUGGCGGCCAUUAAGCUGGACAACAUCACGGUGGGACAGACGUCGUGGAAGCCCUGCUCGCAGCAGGCUUGGGAUCAGCGUUUUUCCAUCGAUCUAGACCGCUCCAGGGAGCUUGAGAUUGGCGUUUAUUGGAGAGACUGGCGUUCGCUGUGCGCUGUGAAGGUGUUGCGCUUGGAGGAGUUCAUUGACGAUGUGCGCCAUGGCAUGGCACUGCAGCUGGAGCCGCAGGGUCUGCUCUUUGCCGAGAUCAAGUUUCUCAAUCCGAUGAUCUCGCAGAAACCGAAACUGCGCCGUCAACGCAUGAUCUUCAAUCGCCAGCAGGCCAAGAACAUACCGCGUGCCAAGCAAAUGAACAUCAAUGUGGCCACCUGGGGUCGAUUGCUCAAGCGCAAUCCACCGAGUCAUGGACACCUCACCUCCGCUGGCUCUACCGUCUCGGUGGGUCGUGCCUCGCCUCCGUUGGCCAGCAACAACGCGUCACGCGACUCCGAGUCGCCGAUUUCACGCACGCCUUCCUCCGAUGCACUUGCCAUCGAACCCGAACCGUAUUCACCCGGCGAACAGGCCCAGAACAUGGAGUUCGACCCGGAUGCAGGACUGCACGAGCACGUGGAGACCCCAGGCGAGUAUCCAGAUCCCGCUGCCAGCGGCUUAAGUGGCAUGCGUCCACUGUCCAUGCACAUGCAGGGCAUCAGUGUGCUGCCUCCGGAGACGCCGCCGCCAGCGGCUGCCAACAAUGCCUCGAAUGCGGGCAGACCCAAUACGCUCAGCCUGCAGAUGCCUGGCAAGACGCCGCCCACCCGCACUGCCGCGCCCACCACCGCACCGCCACCGCCGCCCGUGCUCAAGUCUGUGACGCCUGUGUUGGAUCAAGAGUUGCAGGAUGCGUUGCACGAAUUUGACUUCCUCGCCGAGCUGGAGUCGUAUCCCAACACCCUGCGUCGCCCGCUGCGACCACCAACGGAGCAGCCACAGCUCGAGUUGUUGGAGCAACAGCAACAAUUGGAGCGCAUGGCUGAAGCUGUUAUGCCCCUGCAAGAGUCGCCACCCGUGCUCGCUGAACCACUAACCAGCAUUCUGCCGCUCGCCAAUCGCCACACUCACCAACCACACUACCACAACCAACAACAACACCACAACAGCAACUGCAGCCAGAGCAGCAGCCACAGCAACAGCAACCAGUUCCACAAAGAUCGCAGUCAAAGCGCUAGCGAGCUCUCCUUACCAAUAAGCAACCAAUUUCAGUUCCAGCAGCAACCAGCAAUGCAUCAUCACCAAAUCAAUGCUUCCCUGGUGCCCAACCUCUUGUCCAAGGAGUCGCCAUCGGCGGUGGAGCAGCAACUGCAUCGUCCAGUGCUGACGCUGCCGCCGGUGGUGCUCCUCAGUGGCGGACGUCGUGCGGACGACGAGGAGCCAAUUCCCGCAUCCCCGUUGGUCGAGUAUCCCGAGGACGAUGAUGAGUAUUUGUACAAUGGGGGGCUGCAGUCCAGCCACAGUUCCAGUGCCGGCGAUCGUUUCUGUGUGGAGGCAAAGAUCAAUCUUGUACAUAUUACCAUUGAACCCCUUGAGGCGUCUCCCACAACGAGCUUCAUCAUUGACGAUUCCCUCGCGGAGACGGUGGCCAUUGAAAGUGUUUUAAUAGAAUCGGUUGAGUCAGUGCAGCCCAUCGAUGAGGUUAUACCACAGAUGGGCAAGCUCUAUUUGGGCACACAACAGCAGCAGCAACAACAACAACAGCAGCAAUUGGCCUAUGUGCAGUCAUCGCCCAUAAUACAGGAGCCACCCACGCCAACAAUCUAUGGCAACAAUUCGACGAGUGCUCCGCAAUUCCCGCAGCCAGCGCAGCGUCAGGACAAGCAGCAGCAACAACAACAACAGCAACCCAUCUAUGCCAAUCAAUACGAGUUGAAUGUGGCCAAGGCCGCAGCUGGCGCCUCAACCAGCGGCAGCAGCAGCGGCGGACGUCGCAAUGUGGCACGUGGUCUGCAGUAUCGUGAACCAGCUGGCUACGAGGCGUUGCGUGCCGGCGGCCAGCCACCGAAUGCUGGCAUGUUGUCGAUGGAGAACUUCCGGCUGCUGAGCGUGCUGGGACGCGGACACUUUGGCAAGGUGAUAUUGUCGCAGCUGCGCAGCAACAAUCAGUACUAUGCCAUCAAGGCGCUGAAGAAGGGCGACAUCAUCGCUAGAGACGAGGUCGAGUCGCUGCUCAGCGAGAAGCGCAUCUUCGAGGUGGCCAACGCCAUGCGCCAUCCGUUCUUAGUCAAUUUGUAUUCGUGUUUCCAAACCGAGCAACAUGUGUGCUUUGUAAUGGAAUACGCCGCCGGCGGUGAUCUGAUGAUGCACAUCCACACGGACGUCUUCUUGGAGCCGCGUGCUGUGUUCUACGCAGCUUGCGUGGUGCUGGGACUGCAGUAUUUGCAUGAGAAUAAGAUUAUCUAUCGAGAUCUGAAGUUGGAUAACUUGCUGCUCGAUACGGAUGGCUAUGUGAAGAUUGCCGACUUUGGGCUGUGCAAGGAGGGAAUGGGCUUUGGUGAUCGCACUGGCACCUUUUGUGGCACACCCGAGUUCCUUGCACCUGAGGUGCUAACGGAAACAUCGUACACACGUGCUGUGGACUGGUGGGGAUUGGGUGUGCUCAUCUUUGAGAUGCUGGUGGGAGAGUCACCAUUCCCGGGCGACGAUGAGGAGGAAGUCUUUGACUCGAUUGUUAACGAUGAGGUGCGCUAUCCGCGCUUCCUCUCACUGGAGGCCAUUGCCGUGAUGCGUCGGCUGCUGCGCAAGAAUCCAGAGCGGCGACUGGGCUCAUCGGAGCGUGAUGCGGAGGAUGUCAAGAAGCAGGCGUUCUUCCGCUCCAUCGUUUGGGAUGAUUUGCUGCUGCGCAAGGUGAAGCCACCAUUUGUACCCACCAUUAACCAUUUGGAGGAUGUCUCGAACUUUGAUGAGGAAUUCACGUCGGAGAAGGCGCAACUGACGCCGCCAAAGGAGCCGCGACAUUUGUCCGAUGACGAGCAGCUGCUCUUCCAGGACUUUUCAUAUACGGCCGAGUGGUGUUAAUCGGCCUUCAGCAGCUCACAGAGCUGAGCGUAGCUCAGUCGAUAAAUAAGUUAUAACUAAUGCUUUUACACAUGUGCAGCAUUGUUGCCACAUUAAUCUGAGGAGAAACUAUAUAUAUAUAUAUAAUAAUAAUAAUAUAUUGUAUUGUAUUGUAUUUGUAAACCUUGUGCAUGUUGCUCAGAAGCAUUAACCAAAUUGCCUAGAAUUCUACAUUCAUGUGUAACCUGUGCAUCAUCAUCAUCAUCAUUAUCAAUAUCAUUAUCGUCAUUAUCAAUCAAUUGCCAGAGUUUCCCCAUUAAAUUAAUAUUUAGCAUGUCAUAACAAUCAUUAUACAAGGGUUAACAUAUUAUGUGAGUUGUAUAUUUUUCGGUUUUGUUUUAUCCUAAACGAAUGAAAACAUUGAAAAUGCAUUGAAUAGUCUGACGAACCUUUGGAAAAAAGAACGCCUUAUGCGCAUUGUUGUAGAUUUUUUGGAAAGAUUUUCGGAGGCCAGGUUCUAUAUAUUUAUAUAAAAUAAAAAAAAAAAACAAGAAAA